UCUAAAUUACACGAAAAUAAGAAUUGCAAAGACAUGGGACGAAGUCGCACACCAUCGCCUGGAAGACGAAGAGAUCGAUCCCGAGAACGAGAUCGCGACAGGGAUCGACGAAGGAGACGAUCACGAGAGAGAAGACGAAGAUCUGCAGAACGAGACAGAGUGAAGUCAAGAGACAGAGAUAGGGAACGAGAACGUGAAAGAGACAGACAUAGAAGAUCAUAUUCUAGAUCCAGAUCAAGAGAACGUGAUAGAUCAAAACAUAGAUCAAAACCAAAACCUUCAACAAAUGAACGACCUAUUAUCACAGAAGCGGAUCUUCAAGGCAAGACCCCGGAAGAACAAGAAAUGAUGAGAAUAAUGGGAUUUUGCGAUUUUGACACUACUAAAGGCAAAAAAGUAGAUGGAAACGAUGUGGGUGCUGUUCAUGUUAUUUUGAAAAGAAAAUAUAGGCAAUACAUGAACAGAAAGGGUGGAUUUAACAGACCUCUAGACUUUGUCGCAUAAUUCCUAAUAUAAUUUUAAGCGACAAACAUUUUAAUGAAAGAAUAGCAUCAUAAACUUUUUGAAAAGAAGAGAAUAUAAAUGAGAUAAGACUAUAAUUCUACAAUUGAUGUGAUAAUUAAUGAGUUUUCAUAUUUCAUGAACUUAUAUAUAACAAUAAUUUGCAACACUAUGUAUAAUAACAAGAUAUUUAUACUUAAUAAACAUGCUAAUUAUUUUA